CAAACGAGUAAACAACAGCGAGCAAGUCGACAACAAGGGCAUAUAGGGCAUCAUCAGCAUACACAUACGCAAGAGCACAGUACACGCCGACACAUCUCUCCUACCUUCCAGCCAAAACGCCCCAAAAUCUCCACGCAUAGCCCACAAUGAGGCUCACUCCAGAGUUCGUCUCCAAAUCCCAAUCACACCUCAACCCCCUCAAGGAGCGCGAGCUCGACCUGCGAGGCCUCGCGAUCCCCGUCAUUGAGAACCUUGCGUCGCACCAGGGAACAUAUGACACGCUCAACCUGACCGACAACUCGAUCACGGCGUUGAGCAACAUCCCGUUGUCGCCACGAUUGUCCGUCAUCCACGCGGCCAACAACCAGAUCUCGUCCAUCAGCCCCUCCCUCCCCGCGCAGAUCCCCAACCUCGCGUCACUAGUCCUCACCAACAACGCCAUCACGUCGCUGGCGACCCUCGUCCCCCUCGCCGACCUGCCACAGCUGCGGCAUCUCGUGUUGAGAGGCAACCCCGUGGCCGAACACGAGCACUACCGGGCGUUUGUGAUCUGGAAGGCGGCAAAAGGCGCGCUGCACACGUUGGACUUUGAGCGGAUCAAGGACGCCGAGCGCGAGGCUGCGCGUGCGCUGUUCGUCGACGAGACCACCGGCGCACCAAAUGCCCUGGCGGCCAAGCUGUCCAUCCCCACGACGUCGGCCGUCCCCGGCGCCACGGUACUCGUCCGCAAGGAGGUGUCGUUGUCAGCCGCUGGCGCAAAGGGCCGCCUCAUGACCCCCGACGAGAAGAAGCGCGUGCUCGAGGCCCUCACGCGCGCGCAGACGGCCGACGAGGUCCGCAAGCUCGAGCGCAUGCUCGCUGACGGCCUGAUACCCGAGGGAGGCGUCGACGCGGCGGUGGCCGCGGCGUAGUUAGUGUAACGAUAGGAGUGUACAACGCCGGCCGGCGGUGCUAGGCGGUAGACUAUAUAGCCAUGUGACAGUUUGCAUGCGUAGA